CGAUGCGCGCGCUGCAUUCUGUAUUAAGACGCGAGCGCGACAACACGCAUCUCGGAACACUGGUUGGCGGUGGUAGCAACCUUGUUUUUGUGCUGGAAUUGAAGUUUUUGCCAAGUGAAAAUCAUGUUCGCUGCUUAGUUGUGGUUUGAAACAUAGAGAAAAGGUGCAAAGCAAAUAGAACAUCCCAUCGUAAUGAAGUUCGUUGUCUGUGUUCUCCUCAUGAGCAGCCUUGCGCUGGGUAAGAAGGUUAUUUCCAUUUCCUCUUUUGCACAUUGCCCUUCACAAUAUCAUGACUCCUUCUCUUUUGCGCAUUCCUUUCGGUGGGGCACUGCAGCUGCUGAAACCCGUUUCGUCUGCCACUAUACGACCUGGUCCCGCGACCGGCCGGACGAAGGUUCCUUCCAGAUCAACGACAUCCCGGGCAACCUUUGCUCGCACGUCGUCUACAACUUCCUCGGCGUGAACGAAACCUCCUACCAGCUGGAGCUGCUGCAGCCCGACUAUGACCUCGGCGAGCGGGCGAUCGAACGGUUCGCCGCGCUGAAAGAUCAGUUCCCCCACCUGAAGCUGCUGAUCGCGGUCGGUGGCUGGGCGCACGGUGGUGCGCGCUUCAGCGAGAUGGCCAAGUUUCGCACCCGGCGCAAUCAGUUCAUCGGCAGCGUGAUCAAGUUCCUGCACCAGUACCGGCUCGACGGCAUCGAGCUGGUGUGGCUCUAUCCGGGCAACUUCGAUCGGGGCGGCGCUGUGGAGGACAAGGACACCUUCCUCUAUCUCGUGUCCGAGCUGGCCAAGGUGGUGCGGGACGAGAAGAAACCGUACGAGGUGGUGAUACAGGUGCCGGUGGACAUCUCGCGCAUGGCGGUCGGGUAUCACCAGGAGGAGCUGUGCGCGGCGGCCGACUUCGUGCACAUGGUCGGGUACGAUCUGCGCGGCUGGUGGAACAACUUUGCCGACGUGCACAGCCCGCUGGCGCCCCGGCCGAACGAUCUCGUGAUGGACAGCUUCGAGCACGUGAACGUGGGGGACGGCGUGCAGGAUUGGCUCGACAAGGGCUGCCCACCCGAGAAGGUGACGCUCGGGGUGGCCCUGUUCGGCCGCACCUACCUGCUGGACGAUCCGCUCGACAACACGAUCGGUGCGGUGACGAUCGGGGCCGGCGAUCCGGGCCCGUACAGCAACGAGCCGGGCUAUCUCGGCUACUGCGAGUUCUGCCACAAUCUGACCAGCGACGAGUGGACGAAGAAGUGGGACGAUGUGGGCCUGUGCCCGUACGCGUACACCGAGACGACCUGGAUCGGGUACGAGAACGAGCGGUCGCUCCAGGAAAAGAUCAACUACGUGAAGCAGAAGCGGCUGGGCGGGCUGUACGCGUUCUCGCUCGAUCUGGACGACUAUAGGGGGGCCUGCGGGGAACCGUUCCCGCUGACCCGCUUCCUAUCGCGCUAUCACGACGAAACGAAGAUCAAAGAUUGGCACAUUUUCGUCUCGACCACGGAGCGGAAGGAGAUCAAUACGACGGAAGUCGAAUCGUAACGAUCGUGGGCAACAUCACUAAGCAUAACACACGCAUUGUGUAAUGUAUUUUAUAAUACAAAAAUAAAGGCAAACUGCAACCCGCUUUACAUAAUGGC